CGGUUAUGUGAAUUUUAUCGUUCUAGUUUGUGUUGUUAUAAUGGUCGUACCUUGAGACCCUCUGCAACAUCUAAAUAUCUUGGAAGCUUUACUUGUCCAGCAGUGACUUCUUCCUGUCAAUAGCGUUUUAAGUGUUGUUUGGAUUCUCUUUGCCAAUGGAGAAAGGAGUGCCAUCUAGCCUUUUUGUUAAUGAUGGUUCCUUCAUGGAGAGGUUUAAACUGCUUCAACAACAGAAGGAUGACAAAGACAAGGCUGCAUCAUUAGAGGAAUCUAAACCUCCCAUUGUUGUAAGAGGGUCUUCAUCUGUCAAGCCUUCUAUUGCUUUCAAUAAAGUAGCCACGGAACGGAAGACCGCCCAAACACCUUCGGGAGGCAAGCUUGCCUUCAGCUUGAAACAGAAAUCGAAGCUUGUGGCACCUCCUGUUAAGUUGGAUGCAGAUGAGGAUGUAGAGGACCAGGAUGCAGGAAAGUUGGUAGAUGACAAACCAAUUAAAAAGCAAAAAUUGGCUCGAUCUGAUGCCUCCGAACAAGCUUCAAAACAAGUGGAUGUUGCAGCACCUUCUCCAAGCGAUCUCACUGUGAAGAAAGUUGCCGACAAACUGGCUAGUUUUGUUGCCAAACAUGGAAGGCAGUUUGAACAUAUUACCCGUCAAAAAAACCCUGGAGACACACCUUUCAAAUUCCUUUUUGAUGAGAGCUGUUCUGAUUACAAAUACUAUGCACACCGGCUUGCUGAAGAGGAAAAGUCUCUCUCAGAGAACAAGGAACAACAAACCCCUCAAAGUGGCAUUUCAGCUUCCAAGUUCAGCUCUAUUAGGGCUGUUCCACACCAAUCAAGUUAUCAAACACCUUCCUCUGCUUUGUAUGAUAGUGAUGAGCCUAGAUCUUCGGUGGGAAGAGCAGGCUCGUCCAGUGCACCGUCAGGUGCAGAUCCUAUUGCAAUGAUGGAAUUUUACAUGAAGAAAGCUGCUCAGGAAGAGAAGAUGAGAAUGCCUAAACAGUCCAAAGAUGAGAUGCCACCACCUCCUUCCCUUCAAGCUCCUGCGAAGAAAGGUCAUCACAUGGGCGAUUAUAUCCCACAGGAAGAGCUUGAAAAGUUCUUGGCUGCCUGCAAUGAUGCUGCAGCACAAAAAGCUUCGAAGGAGACUGCGCAGAAGGCAAAGAUCCAAUCUGAUAAUGUUGGGCAUAAACUCUUGUCGAAAAUGGGUUGGAAAGAAGGUGAUGGUUUAGGCAGUUCGAGGAAAGGUAUUGCGGAUCCCAUCAUGGCUGGGGAUGUAAAGAUGAACAAUUUGGGGGUCGGCGCUCAUAAUCCUGGAGAAGUGAACCCAGAUGAUGACAUAUACGAGCAAUACAAGAAGCGAAUGAUGCUUGGCUAUCGAUACAGACCAAACCCCCUGAACAAUCCUCGAAAAGCAUACUAUUGAAGAUUCGUUGUGGAAGAUAUCAACUUGUGUAGGAUGUGGUGGAGGAAUAAAAGUUUAAACGUGGUUGAUCUUAUGUAUAACAUAUACAUUAUGUAGAUAUUUGUUUUUCGUUUACGACGGAGGUUUCUUUUCUAUGUGGGAUUAGAUCAAGCUCCAUUUCGUUUAUUCAGUGUU